CCAAUGAAACUGCGCUAACUUCUCUUAGUCCCAGGGUCGGGGCAGGCGACGGCCAAUUGCGAGGCGAGUUACGGGAACCAGCUGCGAGGGCUGAGGGGGUCCGGCGCGGCUACCUCCUCCCUGACAGUGCGUGGCUCCUCCCACUCUGCUUCACUCUCGGCAGGGCACGUGACGGCGCGGUUGGUGCAGCGGUAGCGGCGGUGUGUGGGUGACCGAGGAGACGGCGGCUGUGUACCGGGCGACAAUGGAUCUAAAGUGGCUUCUCUGUGCGACCUUUCUGGUUCUUGGUGUAGUAUCCAUAAAAGCCCAUGGUGGGGACCACCAUGAUCACCAUCAUCACGACCAUGAUCACCAUCCUCACGACCACGAUCACCACCAUCAUGAUCAUGACCACGAUGAUGGACUAGACAUAGAUGAUGACUUGGACGAUCUCCUUGAUGAUGCCGAAGAGGCUAAGCCGGAGUCCGACGCCCCGCCCCCUGCUCCUAAGGUUACUUACAAAGCUCCUGUUCCAACUGGUGAAGUUCAUCUCGCAGAGUCAUUUGACAAAGGAACGUUGGAUGGGUGGGUUCUCUCCAAGGCUAAGAAAGAUGACACUGAUGAGGAGAUUGCCAAAUACGAUGGCAAAUGGGAAGUGACCGAGAUGAAAGAGAGCAAACUCCCCGGGGACCAAGGUCUUGUGCUGAUGUCACGCGCCAAGCACCACGCCAUUGGCUGCAAGCUUAAGAGGCCAUUCGUCUUUGAUAAGAAACCUUUAAUUGUGCAGUAUGAGGUGAAUUUUCAGAGUGGGAUUGAGUGUGGGGGUGCUUAUGUGAAGCUGCUGUCCAAGACAUCUGAUCAGAACUUGGAUCAGUUCCAUGAUAAGACGCAAUACACAAUCAUGUUUGGCCCUGAUAAGUGUGGCGAAGAUUACAAACUGCACUUUAUCUUCCGUCACAAAAACCCCAAAACUGGAGAGUAUGAGGAGAAACACGCAAAGAAGCCAGAUGCUGACCUGAAAUCGUACUUCACAGACAAGAAAACCCACCUGUACACUCUAGUCUUGAAUCCUGACAAUACCUUUGAAAUUUUGGUUGACCAAACUGUGGUGAACACUGGCAACCUGCUUGAAAAUGUAAACCCCCCUGUCAACCCACCCAAAGAGAUUGAGGACCCUGAUGACAGGAAGCCUGAAGAUUGGGAUGAGAGACCCAAAAUUGCAGAUCCUGAUGCUGUGAAACCAGACGACUGGGAUGAGGACGCACCAGCAAAGAUCCCAGAUGAAAGUGCAGUGAAACCUGCUGGCUGGCUGGAUGAUGAGCCAGAGUACAUUGCUGAUCCUGAUGCAGAGAAGCCUGAAGACUGGGAUGAAGAUAUGGAUGGCGAGUGGGAGGCACCACAGGUGGCAAACGCCAUAUGCGAGUCUGCACCUGGCUGUGGAGUCUGGCAGCGCUCAACCAUUGACAACCCUAACUAUAAAGGAAAAUGGAAGGCACCAAUGAUUGAUAACCCCAGUUACCAGGGUGUCUGGAAGCCAAGGAAGAUCCCAAAUCCAGAUUUCUUUGAGGAUCUGGAACCAUUCAGGAUGACUCCAUUCUAUGCCUUGGGUUUGGAGCUGUGGUCUAUGACUUCUGACAUCUUCUUUGACAAUUUCAUUGUGUGCUCAGACAGAGCUGUGGCUGAGGAUUGGGCAAAUGCUGGCUGGGGGCUGAAGAAAGCAGCUGAUGGAGCUGCUGAGCCCAGUGUGGUCGGUCAGAUGAUGGCUGCAGCUGAGGAAAGGCCCUGGCUUUGGGUAGUCUACAUUCUGACUGUGGCCUUGCCAGUGUUUCUCAUCAUUCUGUUCUGCUGCUCAGGCAAAAAGCAGCCCGCAGACUCCAGCUACAAAAAGACUGAUGCCCCGCAGCCUGAUGUAAAGGAGGAGGAAAAGGAGGCAGACAAGGAAGCAGAGGAGGAGGACGAGGAGGAGAAUGCAGAGGAGGAGCCUGCUGAGGAGGAGCCUGAAAAAGAGGCAUUUGGAGAUGGUAAAGGAGAUGCUGGGGAUGGAAGCCAGGAAGAUGAUGAAGAGGAGGAGGAGGAGGGAAAUAAAUCUCAGGAGGAUGACACCUUGAGGCGAUCUCCCAGAAAUCGAAAAUCGCGAAGAGAUUAAAUAACCGAGAAGGAAAUCCACCAAUGAACUUGAAUAUUUGGCAAGAGUUAAUAUAAAAAGAUUGCAGUUUCUACAGAGUCGCAAUGAAAUAUCACCACCCUGGUUCUUCAUACACUAAAGCUACAAGAUGUUGUCGCCCACACGUUGCAGCUGAAAUUAAACUGUAUAAAAUUAGCAGUCGCCAAUGUGGCUAAACACAUCCUUCAUUUCUGUAUUUGACCUUGGUUGACUUCUCUGUGGAAAUAUGCAGUGUAACAAAAACUAACUGUACUGUUUGAUUUAAAAAAAAAAAAAAAAAAAAAGUUUUCAAAAGCAGAAAAAUAUAUAAUAGUAUUGCCAAACUCUUCCAAACUUCAAUGUAUUAAUCCUAGAAGAAAAGAAAAAAAAUCUGAAAACUUUAGAAUAUAUUGUUAGACAGCAGAUGGUGUAUUUUUCCCCUUGUUUUAUUUUUUAAUGACCGCUUGGUUUGUCGCCUGUUCACUAAUGGUUGAAAUAACUUGAUCUUCCUGGGGCGUCAUGAAUAGAAUGUUUUUGUCUUUGUAUUUAAACCUGAGCUCCCCCUAAACAAUGCAGCACAUGCUUAUUUGGUUCUAGAAGGCAUGUUUCUACUUCCGAUACCAUGCAUGCUGUCCUUGGUUUCUGUUAAGCCACCAUCACUCUAAUAAAGUGGGCCUUACGGACCAAAAAAACAAACUAUGAAGUCUACUUUAAGCAGGUUCUAGGAUCAUGUCCCUCUACUGUGUGUACACGUAUAUGUAAAUAUAAAUAUAUACAUUUA